CAUUGCAGGGCGGGACCUCACUUUCCCCAAAAGAUGCAUUUAAUAUUAAUGAAGUCGCGAAUUGGCUCCAACUCGCGUCAGUCCUGCUGCGCGACUACCGGAGGCUGGCGGACUUCCUUCAACACUAUUUCUGGGUAACGGGGUAAAAGUAGCCCCCCCACAAAAAAUGUUGCCGAUCCACUGCGCGGGGACUCGCUGAAUGGAGGCAGCCCCGUCAUCGAGCGGACAUAGUGAAUUACCGGACCCCCGACAAGCAACACACACACCGAGCGGCGUGUUGAGUUCUCCGUAGACGUCCAGCCCUCGGCCUCCCCAUGCCUCCAUCUCCCCUCGACGACAGAAUUGUGGUGGCGCUGCCAAGGCCGAUCCGACCUCAGGAACUCCGACUGCGACUGGACACCGGCUACCUGGACUCCAUCGCCUCCACCAGCAGCGACAAUACGGUCCUCAGCGCCACCGUGGUGAAGAUUCGGGCGACGGCCAAUCUUGUGACGUAUAUGCCCUCAUCCAAGGGUUCCACGCGCUCCUUGUCGUGUGGAUGCAGCAGUGCCAGCUGCUGCUCGGUGACCACCUACGAGAAGGACAGCCCCAGCCUGAACCACGGUCAGGUGAGCGCCAGCAGCCCCGACCUCAGCUAUGCCGGACCCCCUAUGCUCAGCAACCACGAAGCGUUAAGCGCCUCCAGCCACGCCCCGGGCGCGCCAAGGGCGCACCCGUCCACCACUGUGAGACUCAUCCACCCCAAUGAGCUGGCCAAGCGGAUGACCUGCUGCCCCAUGGGUCACCCCGUGGGACCCGUGCCGGUCAUCAUCGACUGCCGGGCCUUCACGGAGUUCAACAAGAGCCACAUCCGGGGGGCGGUGCACAUCAACUGCUCGGACAAGAUCAGCCGGCGGAGGCUGCAGCAGGGAAAGAUCACUGUGCUGGACCUCAUCUCCUGCCGGGAGGGCAAGGACUCCUUCAAGGGCAUUUUCUCCAAAGACAUCGUGGUCUACGACGACAGCACCGCCGACCCCAACAGGGUGGCGCCCUCGCAGCCUCUCCACGUGGUCCUGGAGUCGCUGAGGAGGGAGGGCAAAGACCCCAUCGUUCUCAAAGGAGGCCUUAGCUGCUUCAGGCAGAGCCACGAGAACCUAUGCGACCACUCGCUGCACCUUCACGAAGGCCCGGACUCGGGCGCCGGCGCCGGCCUGUCGGGGGCGCUACCUCACAUCCUGCCCUCCACUCCGGACAUCGAGAACGCAGACGUGACGCCGGUGCUGCCCUUCCUCUACCUGGGCAACGAGCGCGACGCUCAGGACAUGGGCUUGCUGCAACACUUGAACGUGGGCUACAUCCUCAACGUCACCACCCACCUGCCGCUUUUCCACUACGACGCCGGCCUGUUCGUCUACAAGCGCCUGCCCGCCACCGACAGCAACAAGCAGAACCUUCGCCAGUACUUCGAAGAGGCGUUUGAAUUCAUUGAGGAAGCACACCAAGCCGGUCUGGGCCUUCUGAUCCACUGCCAGGCCGGCGUGUCUCGCUCCGCCACCAUCGUCAUCGCCUACUUGAUGAAGCACACCUGGAUGACCAUGACGGACGCCUACAAGUUUGUCAAAACCAGGAGGCCCGUCAUCUCCCCCAACCUCAACUUCAUGGGCCAGCUGCUGGAGUUUGAGGAAGACCUCAACAACGGAAUCACGCCGCGGAUCCUCACGCCAAAGCUCACGGGCGUGGAGACCAUCGUCUGAAGCGUUCCGAUCGCUCAUUGGCUCGUGAGUAAGCCGCUAUUUAGAUUUUUUUGAUUUUGAUUUUUGUUCCUUGACUCUCCCCCCCUGCUCCCGAGUUCAUCUCGGACUCCGCGGAGUGCCAAAGCCUUUGCGUCAGCAAAAAGCCGUGGGUCAGAACUGAUGAGAAAUGCCAAAAAUCUCCCUACUGUUUGGACCUGGCUGACAUCCCGGAGGAGAGCGCGAGUUGAGAUGUUGAGACAGAGCUCGAGAGAGAGAGAGAGAAUGUCUCUCGCUUGGAAGCGUUCCAUACGGGCCUGCAGAGGAGCAAAAGCGUGAGACGGGACAAGUUCACACUUUGCACUGCGGGCACACGUGUUGGCGGGGCUGGCCAAUAGUGUUGCCAGUCAUUUAAAAAAAAAAAAAAAAAGAACAAGAAAAUAAACAGUUGAAGACACGUCUGGUGUGCUAAUGUUCUAUUUUUAUACAGCAGUGACCAUGACAAGCCCACUAUGGCUUAACUGUGCAAUAAUUUCUCAAUGGAAUGCAAUCUUGAUCUUCUGUGUGUGUGUGUGUGUGUGUGUGUGUGUAUAUAUUGGAAACGUUUCCAGCUCUUUGCUAAAUAUCGCUGUCAUGUCAUUCAUACCGUAUAUUCACGUUGCGGGUGCAAUGCUGAUUAGGGAUGGGCGCUACAUUUGCUCGAUAGACGGCGGGAAAACAUCAUGUCCGGUUUCCAGACAACAAUCGAGCUGCUGACUCGCUCUUUCAAGAGCAAAACGAGACUAAAUUCCGGUUUCAGACGAUCGCGUUCUACAUUUGGCAUUGGCAAACUGAACGGACAAUAAAGAAUGCAAGCAAAUUUUGGAAAUUGGUCGAUUGUCAUGCCCAUCCCUAAUUGGAACGGGAACACCUUUUCGCAGUGGUUCUCAACUGUCGUCACCCCGGAACCUUCAUCGUUUCAAAUUUAAGGCUCGUUUUUAGAGAAGGUAACAAAAAAGUCUCGGACAGAUGGCAGGUAUGUUUUCAAGCAUAUUCCCGGGCUGUGAAGUCGGCUAGCGCAGCGGCCGAGCUGUACUGGAUUAUUUACGCGUAAAGUGUUGAAAAGUACAGGAAAAAAAUAAAUGGUGGGUUGCAUUUAAUCAAUUUUGGGUCGUCAAGCGACGCGGUGGCACAAAAUAAAAAAUAGUGAAAAAUAGUAUUUGGGUCCGGAUGAAACCAUUUUGGGCAACCACGCUCAAAUAAAACUUUUUAAAGUGUAAUCGUUAAGGGCACACUUCCUGUCUGACCUUCAUACGUCUCUGUACCGGGGACAGAAAAAUACAAAUAUAGCAGUCAUGUGACUUAAAAGGGGGACUUUUCCAACUUCUGAUUCAAGUCUUUAUUUUUAUUUUUUUUUAUUUUGCACUGUGUCGCAAGUAAGCCCUCCUAAGUCCAGAUACCCCUGAUAGUUCAAAUUAUUAUUAUUAUUCAUUUUAUUUUUUUACUCGCUGUCUGCGAUCCACCCAAAAUGUUCUGUGACCACGUUUGGUUCCCGGCCCACCAGUUGAGAAUCACGUUUGUAUCUUUUGCCAAAAAUCAACAAAACCACAUUCACACAUGGAAAAAAAAAACUGACAGGACAUAAAUUGAACCUAAAACAGGGCUACGGGUGAUAUUUUUAUGGAACUGAAUAGAUGUAUUCACUGCCUGCUUUUCUUUUCUUUCUUUUUUGGCUCCUUGUCAUCUUUUGUGCUAGCUAUCUUGUAAUAUGCCCUGACGGAGUGUGUGGCUAUUGUGCCGAAUAUGUCUCUCAAGCCCCGUCAUGAUGAGUCGCGGUAAUACACGGUAGCAGAGGUGAGGCGUCCACCUCAAAUGAACGCAGCCCUUCCCCGCCAAAUCUGGUGUGACCUUUCGACCUUUUGACACGAAGGCAAAAUGUCGCUUUCUCGCGCUGUUUCUAGUGCCUCGUUCAAAUGCCUUAACUCGCUUGGAGAUGCGCCCGCGGCGGAGGUUUUCACCCACAGCUUUUUAUAAGUGCGGUCUCGGUCUUCUUGCCCUUUCAGAUGAAAUUAUUUAGAAUUUUGCUCGGCGAUAUAAGCCGCCGGAUGUAUCCUUCCGUGACCCGCCAUGACAGUCUUUGUCAUUUGCAUUUCGAAGUCAAAAUGUGGCCAGGAUAUGAAUCAUCUGGGGCUUGACUGGAAUGUAAAUGUGAGUCAUGGGAAAAUAAAGUGUGAAUUCAACUCGAUGCUAAAUAAUAUGCCCACAUCCAAAGUUGACCCUCAGCCCACCGCGUCUCAAUUUUCACACUCAUUGAAUCAUCGCCCACGAGUUUUUUUUUUUUUUUACUUCCUGCCUUGGUUAGGUCAUUACCAGAGCUGGUGAUGGAAAUAGACUUUUAAGGUAAAAUACUGAACACACUGACACUAUCCUCAAGAACAACAACCGCCCCCCCCCCCCUUAACCCCCAACUUCCAGAUUUCCUGGUGAAAAAUUCACGCUAUGCAAAUGGGAAACGUCGCAGGUCGUUUGUACAGAGUAGUCAAUUGUGUUUAAAGGGACGCUGGCGCAACAAGGAGAGUUUGCAAUCAUUUUGCCGGUCCCUCCGAAUUCAAGUGCGUCCUCACGUUGUAUGGCGGCGUCUUGUCGGCAUUUAUCUUCAGCGAUCAGCCUCGGGGCGCAGAAAAAAAAAAAAAUUAAAUACGAGAGCUUGCCAUCCUGAGCCAAUGUUAUUUACGAGUAAUGUAUGCUUUUGCUUCGCGACACGUGGCUUUUUUGUUGUUGUUGUUGUUUUGCGUAUGCACUGAUCUAUAUGACAAUGUAAACAGUGUAGUGUACAUCGCAGCUAUCAGCUUGAGGCGACGAAGGACGCCAUUUGCUGCUGCUGCGUGUGAGGGACUCGCGCAGUCCAUCCGGUGCUGUCUUUUUUAUCCCUGCAAUGCUUGUUCUUUUUCUUGUCAUGAUUUUCGUGUCCGUAGCUUGAUCUUUCUUUUCCUGCCUCACAACGAUAUCAUGUAAAGUUUCUGCUUUGGGCUCAGAGGCUCCAUUAGAAUGAUUUACACAUUUCUAUCCCCACCCCCUCCCCCUUUGUGUCAACUUUCAAGAAUAUUCAAUAUGUGACUCUAUACAGUAUCUAUUUUCUUUGUAUGCGUAUAUUCGGACUAUUUUUGCACUGACCUAUGGACAGAUGGAUUUAUUUUUCUCCACAACAGGGUGCUAUUAUAACGGAGGCCUUCUCCCUCACUUUUUUUUUUUUUUUUUUGCAUGACUUGCUCCGAAUUCGUCCACUUGUCUGUCAUCCCUUCGACUUUGACGACCGCUCCUCCUCGAACGGUUACCACUGAAGCACUGUAAUUUUUGUAAUCUCUACUUGUGAGCUUUGAAAAUAAACAGGGAGGCUUCGA